ACACCAAAAUGAUAGCAAAUUUUUUCAGUCAUCCUCAUGUACAACCCACUUUGAUGCUGCAAAUGCCAAAACUUCAGAUGUGAAAUUCCAGGUCCUACAGCUGUCGAUUUCAGGUAGGACCACACCUUGUCUUAGCGAUGAACAUCCACUAGAGUUUACAUAUGUUUUUUCCUAUUUUGUACGACCGCAGGGCAAAUUUGAUCCUGAAGAAUAUGCGCUUUAUGUGCAACCUGUUGCAUCUUUCAAUUCUGUUGAACAGUUCUGGAAUACUUACCGUCAUAUCAAGCGACCUUCAGAUGUUACUGAAAAAGCGGAUUUUCAUAUGUUCAAAGAAGGUAUAAAACCCGUUUGGGAGGAUGCAGCCAACUGCAAGGGCGGAAAGUGGAUUCUCCGGUUGAAAAAAGGUUUAUCUUCAAGGAUUUGGGAAAAUCUUUUGUUAGCUAUGAUUGGCGAACAAUUUUUAGUAGGCGAGGAAAUAUGUGGUGCCGUUUGUUCUAUUAGAAAUCAGGAGGAUAUUGUAUCGUUAUGGAAUCGCACAGCUGAUAAUUUGGGCGCUACAAAUCGUAUUAGAGAUACUUUAAGGCGUGUUUUAAACCUGCCAGUAAACGCUGUUUUAGAAUAUAAACGUCAUGACGACUGCCUCAAGGACCAAAGCAGCUACAGGCAUACAAAUCUGGAUCUCAUAAGAAGGUGA